AUGAGUUUCCAUUCUGUUCCCUUAGACUUACCACUCAAUGUCAAAAUUUUAGACAUUUCCUAUAAUUCAAUUUCACAGGUCAAAGACACAGAUUUCAAAAACCUCACCAACCUAAACAACCUAAAUAUGUCAAACAACCUAAUAUUUCAUGUUGAGAAGGGAGCUUUCAAAGACAUGAUCACCUUGGUGGAGCUGAAUCUGUCCAAGAACAAACUGACCACAGUGUCCAAAGGCAUGUUAGAGGGCCUUGGCAACCUUACAGUGCUACGACUGGAUAGAAAUUAUGUUGAGACGCUUGACUCUUCAGCCUUUCAAUUCCUUUCUAAUGUGAAGAAGCUGUACCUUGGAGGCAACAACUUUUCAGUCUUUCAGUCCAAAGAUUUCUCAAACACAUCUCUAUCAUUGAAAGCUCUGGAUUUAUCCCGGAAUCCAUUGAGGAAGUUUUGCAUGACUGCUGACAUUCUUCCACAGCUAGAGACUUUAGACCUUUCCAACACUGGUCAAAGGGAAAGCCUAGAGUGGACUGUUCUAGAUGGGUCAUUUCUGAGUUCUGUAAAAACACUCAAUUUAAGUGGCAUCCACAUUUCAGAAGAGGGAAUGGCUACAAUACUUCAAAGCUUCCAAUACUCAUUGGAAAACCUUUGGCUGAAUGAUUUAAAGUGGAUGAUGAUUGAGACUGUCUUAAAGUUUGGCUGUUUUCCCAAAUUGAGGGUUCUCCGCAUCUUGAAUAACAACCUCAUCUCCAUCACAGAUACGAUGUUCCAGCCCUGCUCUCUUGUGAAUGAAGUGGACUUAUCAGGGAAUGGGCUUUGUAAUUUGUCAGAACUUACAUUCAGAGACAUGAAGCAGUUGAGCAUACUGCGCUUACCUCUAAACAAGCUGACCCGUGUCAACAAUGCCACACGAUAUCUCCCUAAUUUGGAGGUCUUGGACCUUAGUCGAAAUAUCAUCAACAAACUUACCUGCUUUGAUUUUGCUAAUCUGACUAAACUGAGACGUCUCCAUUUAAGUGACAAUCACAUUUCCUCCAUCACAAAUUGUUUAUUCAAGGAUCUGAAAAGCCUAAAAGUACUUUGGCUUCCAAGUAACAAGUUAUUAACUAUUAAGGAUGCUUUCAUAACCGGCCUGCAAAAUUUGGAAAUUUUGGAAUUAGAAUUCAAUAAGAUAAGUUCUGUUGAAAAGGGGACUUUCAAAAACUUAAAAUCCCUGAAAUAUUUGAGUCUCACUGAUAAUCAGAUUUCUGUAAUUGAAGAAAAUGCUUUUGCAGGGCUAGAAAACCUUACUCAAUUGCUGCUGGCAUCAAACAAGAUAUCUCAGAACACAUUAAAAAGGGCAACUGUAUUUUCUGGUAUGCCCAAUCUAGAAGAGCUAUUUUUGUAUGAUAAUUACCUAUCAUACAAAAGCUAUGAAAAACUCAAAUACCCACCAUUCAUAUUACUGAAGUCAUUAAAUUCUCUUGCCAUCAACAGUCAACAUCACAAUGGAAUUCGUAACCUGCCAAUGAAUCUCCUAGAAGGCCUUACUUCUUUACUGAAAUUAUAUGCCGGGAACCUGAACAUCCACUUUCUGCACCCAAACACAUUUACCUACACUCCCCAUCUGACAUUUCUGGACCUCAGCAAAAACGCUUUCACAGUCCUCACUGCGGAGGUAUUCCUACCAAUACCAGAGCUCACCAGGUUCAUACUGUCCAAAACGGAGGUGCAGUCCCUGGAUUUCAUAAUCCCAGCAAACCUCACAAAGCUCAAAGUUCUGCGCACCAAUGGAAAUGAACUGGCAGUCAUCAAUGAGACACUGAUUCACUCACUCCCGAUGCUCAAAUACCUCGACCUCCAAAAUAACACCUUCACUUGUGACUGCAACAAUGCAUGGUUCAUUGACUGGGCAGAGAAAAACUUUGACACACAGGUCAUCUAUACAAACAAGUUCACCUGCAGUUACCCAUCUAACCUCAGAGGGACGAAACUGGUAGACAUAAGCACUGACUCUUGCAUGGUGGAUUUGGGGUUCAUGUGUUUUCUCUAUACCACCAUCCUGGUUCUACUGACCCUUCUAAUCUCCUCUAUCUACCACUUUUUGCACAGGCAGGUGGUCUAUGCCUACUAUCGCUUUCUGGCUUUUCUCUAUGAUUACAAGCAAAGGGACAUAUUUAUGCCCCAGGGCUUCACAUAUGAUGCCUUUAUUUCCUACAACAGCCAAGAUGAGCUGUGGGUCCUGAACCAGCUACUGCCCAAGCUAGAGCAAGAGCAGGGCUGGAAGCUCUGCUUGCACCACCGGGACUUCCAGCCAGGCAGGUUUAUCAUGGACAAUAUUGUAGAAAGCAUCUAUGCCAGCCGCAAGACCAUUUGUGUGAUCACCCGUAAGUACCUGGAGAGUGAGUGGUGUUCCCGGGAGAUCCAGGUAGCCAGCUUCCGGCUCUUUGAUGAGCAGAAGGAUGUGUUGGUCCUUAUCUUUCUGGAGGACAUUCCAGCCUGUCAGCUCUGCCCCUACCAUAGAAUGAGGCAGCUAGUAAAAAAGCGUACCUACCUCACGUGGCCCAAACCAGGAGAGGACACCAGAGUUUUUUGGCAGAAACUGAGACUAGCUCUGAAGACCCAAGAGGGUCCUGAGGAGGACUGUCCUAUUCUGUCUGGCCUGCAUGAAUCGGAGGAGAAAAGACAUGCACUCCAAGCGGAGCUUAACUGGCGGCUAGAGGUUCGCCGGAUGGAGUUGGAGGUAGAGAAGGAGAUUAAAAUCCAGCAGCUCGAGCUAGAGGCAAUGAAGAUUGCCGCGGCUCCUGUUGCGCAGUCCACUCCUGCUGCCUCCCCCACCACGGAUUCUACCCCAGUGGGUCCUCAGACCGGGUUUGACGUCAGCAGGAACAUUAGUUUGGUGCCGCCUUUCCGCGAGACCGAGGUGGAUUCUUAUUUCAGUGCCUUUGAGCGCAUUGCAGCGUCACUGCAAUGGCCUAGAGAGGUCUGGCCUUUAUUGCUGCAAUGCAAAUUUGUAGGAAAGGCACAGGAGGUAUGUUCUGUGCUGUCACUGGCCAAGAGCCGGCAGUACGUAACUGUCAAGGCAGGUGUACUGCGCACAUAG